AUGUCAGGACACCUUGUCUUCAUCACUGGUGCCUCUGGCUUCAUUGGGACAUACCUCAUUGGAGAUGUCCUCAAAGCCGGCCACCGCGUACGUGUCGCCGUGAGAAGCGAAGAGAAAGCCCAGCUCAUCAAAGAAUUAUACCCUUCUGCCUUGGACAGGAUCGAAUCGGUCAUUGUGUCAGACAUAUCACAGCUGUUGACGUUUCAAGGGGCCUUGAAGGGGGUCGACUACGUUUUUCAUCUAGCUGGACCAAUGGUUGACAAAGGCACGGACCUGACAAGGGACUUUGUCGAUCCCGUAGUCAGGGGGACUUUAUCAAUCCUGGAGUUAUCCGCACAAGAGAACAGCAUCCGAAAAGUCGUCAUUGUCUCGUCGUUCGUGUCACUAAUGCCCUUGGACGGUAUCGUGCGUAGCCCUUUCCAUAUCAAGGCGAACACCGGCGAAAGAUUUGUCGUCAAUCUCAACAUGGACUUUCCAGAGGGCUUGCCGGGGCAGCUUCUCAAGUACCAAACUGGCAAAAUCGUGGCCCACCAAGCAUAUCGCGACUGGGUGAAGAAAGCAAACCCCAAGUUCGACGUUGUGACCGUUCAUCCAUCGCAAGUCUUUGGGCCCAGCCUGGUCCAAAAGUCGGCUGACGAACUGAGCGGGGUGAACUACCUUAUGUGGGUAACGCUCCAUUCGAAUGGGCCUCCUAUGACGCCGUUCUUGAUGGUGGAUGUUCGUGACGUAUCCCGAGCUCUGGCACGGAUCAUUGAUGCUGUUGUUCCUUCUGGAACCGAACUGCCCCUUACUGGUCCCUUUCAUACAUGGAAGCAGUUUGCAAGCUUUGCCAAGGCAAAUUAUCCUUCUUUAAACGUCAAGUUCGAUGCUGAGGAAGAGCCAACGUGGACUAUUGACAUGGGUGCGACAGACAAGUUUCUCGCAAUGGAAUGGACUGCUAUGGAGGAUUCUAUCGAGGCUUUUCUUGAUCAGCAGGUUGCAUUCUUCAAAGCAUGA